AUAUGCUUGUUUGAGAAGGCGUCUCCUGGUUGAUCCACAUAUGCCAAAAGAUGGAAGUAAUUCUCCCGAUCUUGCUAUAGACAAUCCAUUAUCACAAAACCCAGAUAGCACCUGGGGACGCUUCUUUCGGAAUGCUGAACUGGAAAAAACAGUUGACCAGGAUUUAUCACGUUUAUAUCCCGAACAUGGAAACUAUUUCCAGACUCCUGGCUGUCAGGGAAUGUUGAGACGAAUUUUGUUAAUGUGGUGUCUUAGACAUCCAGAGUAUGGUUAUAGACAAGGAAUGCAUGAACUUUUGGCUCCUUUAUUGUAUGUUCUUCAUGUUGAUGUGGAGCGUCUCUCUGAAGUGCGAAAACAAUAUGAAGACCAUUUUAUUGACAAAUUUGAUGAUGUAUCAUUUCAUGAGAAUGAUCUCAUGUACAAUUUUGAUUUCAAAAAGUAUUUAGAUGCUAUGGAUGAUGAUAUGGGUUCUCAUGGUAAUGCCUCCAAAAUUAGGAGUCUUGAUGAGCUUGAUCCUGAUAUACAAACCAUUGUGUUGCUAAGUGAUGCAUAUGGCGCUGAAGGUGAACUGGGAAUUCUCUUGUCCGAGAAAUUUAUGGAACAUGAUGCUUACUGUAUGUUUGAGGCUUUGAUGAAUGGGUCUCAUGGUGCAGUUUCCAUGGCAGACUUCUUCUCUCCAUCCCCUGCAGGUGGUUCUCAUUCUGGGUUACCUCCUGUUAUUGAAGCUUCUGCUGCAUUAUACCAUUUGUUGUCUGUUGUUGAUUCAUCUUUGCACAGCCAUCUUGUUGAACUUGGUGUUGAACCACAAUAUUUUGCACUUCGUUGGUUGCGGGUUUUAUUUGGACGAGAGUUUUCGCUUGAAAACCUCUUAUUAAUAUGGGAUGAAAUAUUUGCAGCAGAUAACAGUAAAAUAGACAAAGGUGCUGACGAUGAUACAGGUUCUAGCUUUGGUAUUUUCAGUUCACCUAGGGGCGGAUUGAUAUCAGCUAUUGCAGUUUCUAUGAUACUUCAUUUGAGGUCUUCGCUGCUCGCCACUGAGAAUGCUACUACCUGUCUCCAGAGACUCUUGAAUUUUCCAGAGAAUAUGGAUCUGAGGAAACUUCUAGACAAGGCAAAGUCUUUACAGGCUCUUGCAUUAGGUGAUAGUAUCUCAUCCAUUUCUCCUAUUUGUGGGAUUUAUAACUAUAGUAAAUCAAUGGCAAAGGGAGGUCAUACUAUUUCAUCUGGUUCUACUUCUCCAAAAACCCCUCUAAGCAUGGUGCCUGACAGCUAUUGGGAAGAGAAGUGGAGAGUUUUGCACAAAGCGGAAGAACUCAGGCAUUCUAGUUCAGUAAAACAAAACCCAACCCCGAGAAAAGGGUGGUCUGAAAAAGUAAGAUCAACUCUAUCUAGAGUAGAAUCUGAUCCAUCUCCGGUGAAACUUUGGUGUGGACAGGACCAUAAGCCAUCUGUUAGGCGCCGUUUGCUUGAAGAUUUAUCGCGUGAACUUGGCUGUGAUGAAGAUACUGAGAAAGUAGGCUGCAAUGACGUUUUAGACCAGAAGGACAUCAUCCGUGCAGAUGCUGAGGAUCAAAAUGGUGUUUCUAAGGACUUUAGUUGCGCAGCUGAGGAGAGAUGUCCGAGUGGAAAUGCUGGCAGUGAUGAAAAUUCCUCUGUAUUUUCAGACCCAUCUAGUCCUCUUAGUGGUGCUAACAAUCAUGAAAACGACUCAGAGAAAAGUAGUGUUGCCUCUAAUUUGUCUGUUGAUGAAACUGAUGAACAUCCUGAGGAAGGUGCAAUUGUUCCUCCUGUUUCCCAUCUCCCAAAUGAUGCUCCUUUAAAUUCUGGGGGCAACAAUGAUGUGACUGGAAAACCAGUGACAGCUCCAAAGGAGCGGAAGCUUCUUUCAGGUAAAUUCCAAUGGUUUUGGAAGUUUGGACGGAGUAAUGUUGGUGAGGAGACAUCUGAAAAGGGAAGUGGGGCACUUGAGGCUGCAUCUGCCAAUGAUACUGGCAGUCAGUGCUGUACUGUAAGCUCUUCUUUUGAUGAAUCAUGCAAUUCUUAUACAAGUGGAAAAGGAGAUGCUGUGGAUCAGAAUGUAAUGGGUACUUUGCGGAAUCUUGGCCACUCUAUGCUAGAACAUAUUCAGGCAGUAGAAUCUGUUUUCCAGCAAGAUAGAGGUCAGGUGGGAUCACUGGAAAAUUUCUCCAAAAAUGUUCUAGUUGGCAAAGGGCAAGUUACAGCUAUGACCGCUCUUAAAGAGCUUCGUAAAAUCAGCAAUCUUCUAUCUGAGAUGUGAGUUGCACUUUAAUUAUAUAUACCUGUAUAUAGUUUUGUAAUUACUAUUCUUUUAGUGAAAAAUAAAGUGAGUCUGCGUUCUUUAUUACAUUCUUAUUGAAAUAUCCAUAUUUUUGCGGGAGAUACUUAAAAUGUAAAUACGAUUUUUUAUCAUGAUGUUAUCAUUGAAUCCCUUGCAAUGCUUUAGUUUUCGCUGUU